AUGUACGAAAAUAUUCUGAUACCGCUGUUCCUUAACGGUGACAGCGCUGCCUCCACACAUCUGGUGAACACCCUAGGUGCUAACGACAGCCCGAAUGGGAUGGCUUGUAAUUCCUCUACUGUGCGACAGCAUCUGUCCUUGACUGAAUGGCAUCUCAGCAAUCUCAUUAAGGAAUUUAAAGAUCAAGAAAUUGACGAGGAAGUUUUUUAUGAUCUUGAUGAUAAAGAAAUUGAUAAACUCAUCACAAAGUUAGGACCAAAGAAGAAAUUCAAGUUGUUUAAGAAAGAAAAAAACACAACAUAUCGGGCAACAGCUGAUUCUUCUGCCAAAAAAGAAAAAAACACAACAUAUCGGGCAACAGCUGAUUCUUCUGCCAAAAAAGAAAAAAACACAACAUAUCGGGCAACAGCUGAUUCUUCUGCCAAAAAAGAAAAAAACACAACAUAUCGGGCAACAGUUGAUUCUUCUGCCAAAGAGCAUGAAGAAGCUGUUUCUGCUCAGGUUUGUCCGUCCACCAGUGGCACCAGUAAUAAAGAAAAGAGAAAGUUGGAUCUUCAGGGCGAGUCCAGCAAAUCUCAAUCACCAGCUAAGAAACGACACUGUGGCACUAAACCACGAUCAGACUCAGAAGAAAUACUGACUAAAGUGAAAAACAUCAUGAGCUUUGUUAAGAAAAGACUCAAGCCGGCCCAAGAAAACAAACUCAACAACUUCCUGAAGGAUAAAAUCGAUGAUUUGGAGAGAGACAAGAGGGAGGUGGUUGGUGUAUUUGGUAGAACUGGGGCUGGAAAGAGCUCUUUGAUAAAUGCCGUCAUUGGAGUGAAGAAUCUCUUACCCACUGGAGAUGUCAGUGCAUGUACCUCAGUCAUGAUCAAAGUCGAGGCUAACACAGAUGCUAACACGCAGAACAAAACCUAUCAGGCGGACAUUGAGUUCAUUACAAAAGAGGAGUGGAAGGAUGAGUUGUUUCAGUUUCUUGGCGAUAAAGCAGAUCAGGAAGAUGACUAUUAUCCUGACUUUAAGGAAAAGCUGUCAGCGCUGUAUGGAGAAGAAAAGGAAAACAAAACCUCUGAAAUGCUCAUGGAUAAAAAAUAUUUCAAAGAAAUUCCGAAAUUUCUCAAAAACGAGAAGCAGAUUUUGACAUGUGAAUCAGCUGAAAAGCUAUCUACAAGACUUGUCAGAUUCACAAAAAAAAAAAAGAUAGACCAAGAAAGUAGUAAUGAGGUGCGUAACUCAAAAUGGCAUGUCACACUUGUGGAUCUUCCUGGAAAUGGGGACUGUAACCAGAGCAGAGACAAGAUGUGGAAAGAGUUAGUUAGAAGUUGUUCUACUCUGUGGAUUGUGACUGACAUUGAACGAGCAGCAGCAGAGACAGAAGCCUGGGAGAUCCUGGAAAGUGCCAGCAGUCUCAUGGGAAAUGGGGGCGAGUGUCAGCACAUUCACUUUAUCUGCUCCAGGUCUGAUGUGAAUCUUAAUAACCGUGAAGCCAUAUUUAACAGAAACAUGAAAGCCAAAAAAGCAGUGCGCAAAAAAUUCAGCCAACAAGAUAUGAUCAAGAAACAAUUCAGUGAUGAAUGUUUGAAAGUUUUCACAGUGUCCUCCACAGAGAUUCUAGCGAAAAUCCAUCUAAACCCAGAUGAAACUGAAAUACCCAAACUUAAGGAAUUUCUGCAAAAACUCAAUGACUGUCACUCAGAGUCAGUAAACCAUGUGUCUGGAGCUCUUGGGAUUCUCUCUCUGAUUCAAGGGGCCAGCCGUAGAAAAGGGGCUGGCAAAAACACAGAUGUGUGCACAGACCUUGACAAAAAGAUGAAGCAUGAACUUGAUGAAGUCAGAAAACCCAUGAAAGAGGCCUACAAGGCUUUUGAAAAAUGCCUCAGUGAGGGGGUUGAAAGAUCAAAAAGUUCAUGUGAAAGUGUCUUGAUGUCGGUCAUACAUCCUGUUUUUUUGUUUCAGAGAAAAGUAGGUUUUCACCAGACAUUGAAGUGUGUAGUUAAUAAAGGUGGCACCCACAAAUCAAAAAAAGGGAAACAAAUAAAUCUCAAUGGGAAGUUAGCUUCAUGCCUGACUGACAGCAUUGAUGAGGAAUUCAAGAAGACCUUCCCAAAUGAAAGAAAGUGUGGACCAUUCAACAAUGUCAUCAAUACGUUUUCACUUGACACAAAGAGUCUGAUAAAAAAGUACAAAGAUGUCAAACUGCAGCUGAUAUUUCUCAAGACAGAGGAAGACAAAAUUAAGACAGAACUCAACAAAAUGAUCCGGGAGCGUAAGAAAACGAUCUACAACAGUCUGACCGAGCCAAUUGGGGAAAACAUGCAAGAAGGCUAUAGCCAAGCAGCAACAUUUAAAGGAAAGGACUCGCUGGAAAAUAUGAGAGACACUCUUAAGAAGCACGUACGUGCUGCAAAGAACAUCAUGUUUGAGCGGGCAAAAGAAGAAUUGUUGAAACAGCUGAGAGACUUGAUGAAAGAGAUCCUGGAGAAGCUGAAGAAAACAAUGCAGAAUUCAAUCGAGCUCUCACUCAAGACAGAUGGUGACUCAAUCCCAGAUGUUACACGGCAGCUUGAGGAGGUGAAGGACUACUACAUUGAACUGAAGCCCCAGCGGCAGAGUCCAUGACGUGCACAGGUUUGCUCCGUGGAGAGAAACAGCCGAGGCCCGAUUCCCCACUGAAGGUCCUGCAGACCCACUGGUUACCGACGUCAGGCCUCUGGAUUUGGUCUCAACCAUUUUUGUCAAGUUGCUAUCCCUGUCCUCUUAAGUGUUGUUUUGAUAUGUACUUUGAGUUUGCUUAUGGUGAAUUACAUGGUGAGAGAUUUUAGAUUUUCUAUUUUUGGUAGGACAUUUUUGAUUAUAGAUGAGAGAGAGAGAGAGAGAGAGAGAGAGAGAGAGAGAGAGAGAAUGCAGCAAAUGUUCCCAGUCUGAUUUAAACCAUGGACGUUGUGAUUUUAAUGGUACACGUCUUAGCCACUAGGCCAAUAUGGUGUAUUUUAUUUUUAAUGAUUUAACAUGAUUUGAUUUUUUGUUCUCUUUGAAUAUAUUUUCAUGUUUCUUUUCAUAAUUUUAUUAGUAUUGGUCAAUUGGGAUGAGAGUGGUGAAAUUUUAAUGAUUUUAUGGGUGUGUAAUUUAAAUCGUAACCUUGAUUUCGGUACAUACUGUAGGUUGGAUUUGAAAUAGGCUUCUCAAAGAAUGAUGAUGAUCUUUUUUUCUUAAUGUUCAAAGACUAUAGUAUAGCUUACUGCAAAAUAAUGUUUUUUAUGUCUUCAUAUAUAAGAAAUAGAGAGAACUAGAUGAUAGCAAUAAACCUGCUGGAUUCUCGCGAUUUACUGUACUUUUUUAAAUCUACACUAUUUCUAAAUGCUUAAAUAACUUUAUAUGGUAUACUGCCCAAUAAACCUCAAUAAAGUUCACUCAUGAGUCAAA